UUAGUCUCCAUGUAACGUUUGUCGUAUCAACAACAUUCAUUCCGACGAUAGCGCGCGCGUGUUCAUAUUCACAACGCGUACCAUACACUUCUUACACCUCUUCCCCAAGAGUGUUUGUUUUCGGUUUUAAAGUGAAUGAGUGAGUGUAGCAAAAUCAUCAUCACUCCCUCUCCCCCUGAAAACAAUUGAACAAGAAGAAGAAGCGAAUUUUGGAAUUGCAAAUAGAAAACAAAGAACCCAUAAUAAAUAAAAAAAAGAAAAUAUGCAAAAAUUUUCAAGCCCAGCAAGGUUUUUCUAAGAAGAAAAUUGUUUUAAAAUUUGUGUUUACGUUUUUUUUGGCAAAUUCGGUUCGCGUUAAUGUUUUUUUGUUCAAUAUUCUUAUAAGAAGUCCAAGUGUAAAUAUCUAAAAAAAAAACAAAACAAGGCAAAAUAAAACAACAAAUUAUGUAAAUAAGAUCUAUAAAGCUCAACAAAAAAAAAAUCAUAACUGGUAAACUAUAAAAAAAUAUUUGUGUAUAAAAAUGUAAGCUGAAAUUUGUAAAAAAUAUUAAAAAAAGUGAAUAAACCAUAAGCAUAUAAAAAGGUGUUGGCUAUAAAAACAAAGUUUUAAAGUGCUACCAAAAAAAAUAUUUUUUUUUUAAGAAAAUUGUAAACCUGCAAUUUUCGAAGCUUGAUUAUGGAUUACAAAAUUGCAGAAAAAUUUAAAACGCUUAUAAAAAAAUAUUACAAUUGACCCACUAAUUGUUAAAAUAUGGAAUAAUGCAAAUACUGGAAAUACAAAUAUUUUCUCAAAAUGUGGAGAAUAUGACAAAACAACUUCCUUAAGGAAUAUAUUUCUCCAUGAAAAGAAGUAUUCAUAAAAAAAACAAAAUGAAAUUUUUGAUAAAAAUUUGAAUACUGGAAAAAUCAUGCACAACAACCUUUUUUAACGGAAAAGAUUGAUUUAACAUAUCACACGAAAAAAACAAAAAACCAUUGCGAUUUAAUAAACAAAAAUUAAAAAAGAGCAUUUAAAAAACCCAAAACGAAAUUUGUAAAAAUAUAUAAAAUUUAACUCAAACUUAGUAAUAUAUAACACAAAAUAAGUAAAAAAAAGUGUUGCUUAAGUAAACAAAAAUUAAAAAAUAUAUUAUAUACACAUUAAGUGUUAAAACCAACCCCCCCAAACGAAUUUCAUCUCAAUAAUUCAACAAUAAUUUAUCCUGUGAUUUCCGAAAAUAAAUUAAAGAAAAAUAAAAAUAUUUUCAACGAAACCUAAAAACGACCUAUUUUCUAAUCUCUAAACAUAAUCUUAUAUUGCUGUAACACAUAAUUGGAUUUACACCACAACUGGAAUUAAUAACGAAUAAUAAACGCUGCAGUCCAAGCAUACAUAUAGCAGAAUAUUUUGGUGUUAUAUUAACCACUCACCCUCGGUCUACAAGAAAAACAACAAUAAAACAUCAAAUAACGAUCUCCUGCUAAGCAGUCAUAAGAACAACUAUACACUGCCUUGUGUAAACAUUUUUUGUUUCUUUUUUUAUUUUGUGCUAAAAUAGAAACAAACAAAAAAAUAAAAAACAAAACUCAACAAAAGCCCACUGAAGAAUGGCGAAAACAAAAACAACAGCAUCAUUACAACGACAACUCACCUUAACUUCAGCUAAUGCAUCUACCAUAAAAACCAACUCCACCUCCAUCACUACCACCACCAACACUACCACCUGCAAAAAAAUGUUCUCCCGCCAGUGCCUUUCCUAUCAGCUUUUAACCCUAAUCAGCGUAGUGCUGUAUCAGGCCACGCAUGCGCAUGCCUUCGAUAUAGCCACAUGUAAUAUGCCCCUGGGCAUGGAGUCUGGUACAAUCACAGAUGCUCAAAUUACAGCGAGCUCAGCCCAUGACACAGGCUUUGUGGGGCCACAACAUGCGAGACUGAAAACCGAUAAUAAUGGCGGUGCUUGGUGUCCCAAACAUAUGGUCUCUAAUGCUUUAAAGGAAUACCUGCAAGUGGAUUUAUUGUCGGUGCAUGUCAUCACGGCAGUGCGUACCCAAGGUCGCUUUGGCAAGGGCCAGGGUCAAGAGUAUACGGAGGCAUAUGUUUUGGAAUAUUGGAGACCAGGAUUCACCAGCUGGAAGCGAUGGAAGAACACCCAAGGCAAAGAGAUUUUGCCCGGCAACAUUAAUACCUACAGCGAAGUGGAAAACACUUUACAACCGAUUAUAUUCGCAUCGAAGCUACGCAUAUAUCCAUAUGGUCUAUACGAUCGUACAGUGUGUUUGAGAGCUGAAAUUGUAGGCUGUCCAUGGGAAGAGGGCAUUGUUUCUUACAGCAUACCCAAGGGCGUACAACGUGGCAUGGAAGUGGAUCUUUCGGAUAAAACCUAUGAUGGCAAUGAACAGGGUGACCGUUAUGUAGAUGGUUUGGGUCAAUUGGUAGAUGGCCAAAAAGGAAAAGAUAACUUCCGCACAGAUAUACAUGGUUUCGGCAAAGGCUAUGAAUGGAUUGGCUGGCGCAACGAUACACCCGGUCUUGUGGGUAAACCUGUUGAAAUUGUUUUCGAAUUUGAUACAGUGCGUAACUUUAGUGCCAUAGUUUUGCAUACGAACAAUAUGUUCACCAAGGAUGUGCAGGUCUUUGUCCAUGCCAAAGUUUUCUUCAGCAUUGGUGGCCGACAUUUUUCCGGUGAACCAGUCCAUUUUUCUUAUAUGCCUGAUACCAUAAUGGAUCAUGCACGUGAUGUGACCAUUAAAUUACAUCAUCGAGUGGGCAAAUACUUGAAAAUCAAUUUAUAUUUUGCAGUGAAAUGGAUAAUGCUGUCCGAAAUAUCCUUUGUUUCGGUGCCAGCCGUGGGAAAUUUCACAGACGAACAAGAACAACGUGGCGCCUUAUUGCCCCAGGAUACCCGUGAAUAUCCUUUACAAAGUAAUGAAUAUCAUCAUAAUAAUAAAAAUGGUGGUAAAACGCCAACAACAACUCUUAAUGGCGAACGCAACUAUAAUAAUGGACCACAAUUAAUCGCACCCAAACCCAUCGAUCAAGAACCCUCCGACGAGAAUUUUAUUGGCGUUGUUAUUGUCGUCUUAACUGCCAUCAUUAUCCUGCUGGUGGCCAUCAUAUUAUUUAUCGUCUCGAGGACGAAGAGGGCUCGUGGUAGCAAUGUUUUGGAUGCAUUCCAAUAUAGUUUUAAUCCAAAUACAUUGGGUGGCAAUGUUGAUAAACAUCGACCAAAUGGCACAGGAAUUAAAGCCAGCGUAGAUGAUAAUGAUUCAAUUGGAAAGAAUAGCCUCUACCAUGAACCCUUCAAUGUAAAUAUGUACACCAGUGGUGUAAAUGGCUAUGCAGCGGUUAAUGAUUUGCAGUGUAACAUGACGCCAGACUAUACAGAUGUUCCUGAAGGCGGUUAUGCUGUACCCCACAUGCAGGACUAUAUGCCCUCGAAAAUGUCCAAUUCCACGCCGGGUGGCUAUGUGAAUGUGCGACGCACCCCACCGCCACCGCUAAGCAGCAUAUUCCCCAGACCGCCACAGGUACCACCACCGCCAAUGGAAAAAUAUUAUGCCACCACGGCGAUAUUUAAGCCCAUCAAGGGUCACAGCGGCAGCAACACCAUGAGCAGUAAGGCCAGCAGUAAUCUGAGUAAUGAGCAUAAUUACGAUGACAACAUGGGCACCAUGAAUUCACAGUCGACAGCGCCCAUGAUCAAUCCAUACAACACGGCGACGGUGGGAGCGGGUGGAGUAGUUGGUGGUGGGGGUGGUGGUGGUGGUGGAGGCAUGAAUAAUGCCAAUAACAGCGAUAGCAUGCAAUUCCAAAGGGCCAGAACCUAUAAUUUCCGCAGCUAUCCAGACAACCUUUAG